CUUAUUCAUCAAAAACUCAUACAUCUCUUAGUUUAUCUCAUUCUAAGUUAAGAGUCAAGUUCGCCAAAAAGUAUUGUUUAAUCGUAAUUAUGGCUUCGCAUUUGCAAAAAUCGUGGCGAUUAAGCCUGUUUUGUUCAUUAAUGGUGCUAUUAGGAAUGGUGAGACUGUCAACUGGAUAUGCUACUACUCACUUCAAGCCAAGUAGAUGGAACUCUGCUCAUGCAACUUUUUAUGGUGAUGAUAGUGCCUCUGAAACAAUGGGAGGUGCAUGUGGAUAUGGAAAUUUGUUCAACAACGGGUAUGGUACAAAUACAGCUGCAUUGAGCACAGUAUUGUUCAAUAACGGGUAUGGUUGCGGUAGUUGCUACCAAAUUAUGUGUGUUGGAUCAAAAUGGUGUAAUAAGGGUCGUUAUGGCCACGGCUCGACUUCCAUUACCGUUACCGCCACAAAUCUAUGCCCUCCGAACUGGAGUCAGGAUAGCAAUGCCGGUGGUUGGUGCAACCCGCCUAGAGUCCAUUUCGACCUCUCCAUGCCCGCGUUUAAGCAACUCGCAUUUUGGAAGGCUGGCAUCGUUCCUGUCCAGUACCGCAGGGUUCCAUGUGCGAGGAAGGGAGGCAUCCGGUUCAGCUUCCAAGGGAACAACUACUGGCUACUAGCAUCUAUAAUGAACGUUGGUGGUGGGGGUGACAUAGCUAGAAUCUGGGUCAAAGGAACGAGAACCGGGUGGAUUAGCAUGAGCCACAAUUGGGGAGCUUCUUACCAAGCCUUUUCUCAAUUAGGAGGCCAAUGUCUCUCCUUCAAAAUCCAAUCUUACUCUACCCGUGAAACUAUUGUUGCUUACGACGUCGUUCCAGCUUAUUGGAGUGUUGGCAUGACUUAUCAAGCUAGAGUCAACUUUCGAUGAUUCAAUCAUGACCCUUGAUUUUCUUGUAUUUAAAUUUCCCUUUUUUUUAAAUGGGUUGGUCAAUGUUAUAGUGCAUCAUAGAUCUUGAUGCCUAUUGGCCCUUUAAUAGGAUAUUUAAGUUUUGUAUGUGUAAUUUAUGUUUAGCUCUUUGCUUUAAUCUUGUAUCUUAUGUGUAGCUAUUGAGAAUGAGUGGCUCCGAGAUACAAACGAUAAUGUAAAAUUUCAAAUUGUCAAAUUGUGAAGU